GUUUAGUACUGUACAUUGCGCUGUUUAAUUGGUUAGUUAGAAUAGUUUGUAUUUGUUAGUAUUUGUAUUUUAUUCAAAUUCUAUAUAUGUGAGUAAAUUUGUUUGUUACAUAUACUUAUGAAUAGAAAAAGUUCAUCUGUAAGAAUGGUGGCGUCAAAGAAUAAAAAUAAAGUAAUACCAUGUUCAACGCCUGAACACGCAGAAUCACCAUCUAGAGACAGCGAUUCAUUAUGUGAUUCGGAAGCCGGUAGUCCCGUCCCAUUUCUAUGUACACAGGAUGGUGCAGAGGGAGAAACAGAUGUUGUUUGGAACUUUUAUACUCCAAAAUCAGGAAAUACAUUAAGUGCUCGCUUAAAAAAUUCAACCCCGUUAAGUAGAAAAACGAAAAAGUCAUCAAAACAUAAAGUAAUAGAAAGACAAUUGCCUAAACGUAAAGUAGUUAAAGCAUCCCAGAAAAGGAGUGAACUAUUUCAAGACUUAAUUGAACUGAAUCAAAAUCUACAUGAAUUAAUAGGGAAAAAAACAGCAAGCAAUUGUGUAUCACAAAAUAAUAGAUCUGAAAAAGAAGAGGAUAUUUUUAAUGACUCACUGCAUUCAUCAAGAGAUUCACCCAAAAGUGGUUUGAAAACAAGUUCAAGAUGCCUAAGAAGAAAUGUGUUAAGUUCAAAAUUUAGUAAAAAUGAGCCUGAAACAGCUUUAGAAUCAGAUGAUUCAAUGAAUGAGUGUCUUUUAAAAGCCAGUCAAGUUGUAGAAGAGAACAUAUCAAAAUAUGAACCAAGUGCAGCUAAAAGAGUUUGUAAUGAAAAAUACAAAAAAGAAAUUAGAAAUAUAAAGCCAGAUUUUAGUUUUAAAAUAAAUGAUGAUUCAAUGGAUGCAAUAUUAAACAGCAUUAAGUUAGAAUCUCCAGCUGUAAGAAAAAUAAAAAAAUGUGAUUCACCUAAUUUGAAUAAUGAUUCAUUUGAUACUUUAGUUAGCGAUUUAAAUGAUAGUGCAUUAGAGAAAUUAACUCAAAUACCAGUUGUAACAAACAGGAAAGUUAAUUUCAACAUUCCAAAAGAAGAUGACUGGAAAGUUAAAGAGUUAGUAGUUCAUGAUAGCAGUCCUUCACCGAAGGUGUUUGGUCGUCAUAGUUCUAUGCCAGAAUCACCAUCUUUCAACACUUUAAUUAAACCAUCAACAAGUGGAAUGGCUUUUGGAAGAUACAACUCAAUGCCUCAUGGAAAUGAUUCUGUUAAAGAUCCUGGGGAUUCUCCAAUAAAAUGCAGUCCAGAUGAAAUUGAAAGGAAAAGGAUACAGGCAAGAGAAAAACUUAUAGCGAAAAGAUUGUUACCAUUCACAUCAACACAAAAGAGCAGCCAAUUUCAGGCCACUCAAAAUACACAACAAUCAGCAAUUACAAGAAGUCAAUUCCAACCCAAGGUUCUAAGUUCAAAUUCAAACAUAUUAUCAACAAAUAUAAAUAAUGUGUAUAAACAGAAGACUAGUAAUUCUACUGAUUUAAAAUUGAUAAUUGAAAAGAAAAGGCAGGAGGCUUUAUUGAAAUUGAGACGACGCCAGCCCCAGAAUAAAUAAUAUGAUGUAAUACAAAUAUUUUAUUACAAGAAACUGAUUUUGCAUCCUCGUAAUAUUAAUUAUAAAUAACCUACCUAUUCCUUCAUACAGCUAUUUUAAAUUAUAGGUAUAAUAAUG